AUGCGAAGGCAAUUAAGAUUGAAAAAAAUAAUAUUUUCAAUCAUUUUAGGGUGUUGUAUCCCUGGAUUGCCAGGUCCUGCUGGUCCUCCUGGCCGAAAUGGGAUUCCAGGUAGACCAGGAGCCCCUGGCGCCCCUGGGUUUCCUGGUCGACUUCCAGCUAUUUGUGAGGAGGUGACACAACCUCCGUGCAUUGCCUGUCCUCCUGGAGAGCCGGGCCCUCCAGGACCAUUGGGCGAACAAGGUAAUCCAGGCCCAUUAGGGCAUCCUGGUCGUACUGGAAAUGAUGGAACUCCAGGGCCACAAGGUCCUCCUGGCCCUCAAGGAUCACCUGGAAGUCAAGGAAGAGACGGGGCAAGAGGUGAAGCUGGCCGACCAGCAAUUUCCACUCCAACUAUGCCUGGAGAUCCGGGGCCUCCUGGAGAACCGGGUUCUCAAGGAUUGCCUGGCGAUGCAGGAGAGCCAGGACGUCCAGGUUCUGAAGGACUUCCAGGCCCGCAAGGGCCACCUGGACCUGUUGGUCCUGCAGGGCCACCUGGCAAGCCUGGGGAAGAAGGGCAACCUGGACAUCCAGGUGCGCCUGGUGAGAGAGGAAUCUGUCCAAAAUACUGUGCUUUGGAUGGAGGGGUAUUUUUUGAAGACGGAACUAGACGUUAA